AAGAAUUGUCCAUCCAUUAAUGUAUCCCUUUCCCUAUUAUUUAUACAUGAUCUUUGUCUUUUCCCUUUCAGAUCUUUCCUCUCUCUCUCUCUCUCUCUCUCGACCAUAACCAUGAUGGCUCUGAAGGAGGAAAGAGGAGAAGAAAAUCAUCACGUGCUACUAGUGGCAUUCUCAGCUCAAGGCCACCUCAACCCCAUGCUCCGACUCGGCAAACGCCUCCUCUCCAAAGGGCUCCACGUUACCCUUGCCACCACCGAAGACGUCCGCCACCUCAUGCUCAAGUCCUCCUCCGCCGCAGCCCACUCCGUCACCGGCAUCACCCUCGACUUCUUCUCCGACGGCCUCCCCCUCGACUUCGAUCGCAACAAAAAUAUCGACGCCUACGUCCACUCCCUCCGCAACUUCGGACCCACCAACCUCUCCCACCUCAUCCGCCGCCGCUUCCUUCUUGUCCCCCACAAACUCUCCUGCAUAAUCGCGAACCCCUUCGUCCCCUGGGUCGCCGCCGUCGCCGCCCAACACCACAUCCCCGCCGCCCUCCUCUGGAUCCAGCCAUGCACGCUCUACGCCCUCUACUACCGCUUCUACAACAACUUAAACCAAUUCCCUACCCCUUCUAACCCCAACAUGGACGUAGAAUUACCGGGCUUGCCGCUUUUCCGCACCGAAGACCUUCCAUCCUUCGUUCUCCCCUCAACUCCCCACCUCAGCGUUUCCGAACUAUUGUCGGAUCUCUUCGAAAACAUGGGAAAAUACAAAUGGGUUUUGGCGAACUCGUUUCAAGAGCUCGAGAACGACGCAAUCGAGUCCAUGUCCGGGCUCCGGCCGGUGGCUCCCGUUGGUCCGUUAGUCCCGGAAACCCUUCUCGGCGAAAAGGAAAAAAACGGACACAACGGAAUCGAACUGUGGAAACCGGAAGACGGAUGCCUUGAGUGGCUGAGCCGCCACCAGCAGUCCACUGUGGUUUAUGUAUCCUUCGGGAGCAUAACCGAGUUAUCGGCGAAGCAGAUGGAGAACGUAGCGACGGCUCUCAAGAACAGCAACCGGCCUUUUCUCUGGGUCGUGAAGCCGUCGAGGCAUCCUUCGCCGGGCCGCGCCGGAGAGCUGCCGCGGGUGCUCGUGGAGGGUUCGGAAGGGCGGGGGCUUGUGGUGGAGUGGUGCCCGCAAGCGGAGGUGCUGGCCCACCCGGCGGUUGCGUGUUUUGUGACUCACUGCGGGUGGAACUCGACGCUGGAGGCGGUGGCGGCUGGCGUGCCGGUGGUGGCUUACCCACAGUGGUCGGACCAGCCGACGAACGCCAAAGUGCUGGUGGACGGGCUGGGGGUGGGCGUCAGGCUGAGGCCGGAUAGAGAUGGUGUGGUUGGGAGUGAGGAAUUGGAGCGGUGCGUGGAGGAGAUAAUGGGCGGAGAGAGGGCGGCGGUAUAUAGGAAGAAGGCGGAGGAGUUGAAGGAGGCGACGCAGAGGGCGGUGGCCGGAGGUGGCUCGUCGGACAAGAAUAUCCAGCUCUUUGUAGAUGGAAUUAUGGGGAAGUUAUGUUCUAGUGUGUGAUGCAACGGCGCUUAAGCUAGCCUUUUCGGGGAGGAUGGUAUAUAUGCUAUUAAGCAUUUCAAUAAGACACUAGGACAUUUCUUGUGUGCUUAGCUCCUAAUGAGAUACCAUACCUAAGAAGGCUAAUAUUUAUACCUCUAAUUAUCUAAAGAGUUAAGUUUGACCUUCUUAGUGAACGCUUAUAUUGUUGUUUUGUUUGUUGAAUAAGUAACACCUUUCCAUGUGCUAUAUUUUGAUUUUUGUUGAUUUUGUAUGUUGCUUUUUAAUGAAUAUUAUUAUUAUUAUUA